AGGAAGCACGAUUUGGGGUGUGUGAUUUUUAUAAAAUAAAAAGACCCUCAAACUCGGUUCCAAUUGCCUUCUCUUUUCUUUGUUACGCUUUGAGUUUCUCACAGAGAUAUAACAGCACAAACAAACACUGUCUUUCAUCUUCUCUUGUUGUAGAAAGUCACAGUGAGGUGAGGGAUGCAAGGAAUAGAAGGAGGAUUUGUGAGUUCAAACGAGGUAGAGCUGAGUCCCACUAUGAGUAACUCGUCCUCACUGUCCAUGGAGCUAGACGAGUCUACCGAGACCAGGAUCCAACGCCUCAUAUCGGAGCAUCCGGUCAUCAUCUUCACCCGAUCCUCCUGCUGCAUGUGUCAUGUCAUGAAGAACCUUUUAGCCACCAUCGGUGUUCAUCCCACCGUCAUCGAAUUAGAUGAUAAUGAGAUCGCCGCUCUUCCCCUCUCAGACACCAUCGCCCCUGCAGCAUUCAUAGGCGGCACCUGCAUCGGUGGCCUUGAAUCCCUUGUCGCCCUCCAUGUCACCGGCCACCUCAUUCCUAAACUCGUCCAAGUCGGCGCUCUCUGGGUAUGACACAACCCAACCCAACCUACCUCUCACGCAAUCAACCACUAUAUAUCACCUAUCCAUAUUCCUACACUACAUUCCAUUGUCUCAUUCCUCUCUCUUUAUAUUUCUCUCCUUAAUUAAUCUUUAUAUAUGUUAUGCUCUGCAAUUGCUAGUUAGUACCUAGUAUUAUUAUUAUUAGUAUUAGUUUUAAAAUCAAGAAACAUGGCUAAUUGUAUAAUUUAGGGUUGUGAAAUGAAAUCUCAAUUUGUGUU